UCUUUUCUCCUAUUGCAAAACUGUUGGAAUCUAAAACUACCAAUGGCGCCAAUUACUUUAUCAAAUGGUUUGAAAACACUCUUCAGUCUUCUCGCUGCUCUCAUUAUUGCUCUGGUUAUUUACAGGCUUGUAACCGACGGUUUGCCCUUUCGCAUAGGCUUUUUCACUCCGUGGAUGGCAGCAACUUUGAUUGAUCUGCAUAUCAAUAUUACAAUUUUAAGUGCUUGGGUAGUGUACAAGGAAGGAAAUUGGGUCAGCUCAAUUCUAUGGAUAAUUUUAUUUAUCUCCCUUGGAAGCAUGGCUACAUCGGCUUAUAUUGUGUUGCAAUUAUCGAAGCUGUCAUCUCAAGAAUCUUCACAGGACCCUGUGAGAUAUGUUCUUUUAGGACAUCCACACAAGAGUGGUACAGAACCAAAAACAAAUUGUUCUGUUGUUGUGACUCUAAGAAUCCUUCUCAGCGUUUUGGGUGUUGUCAUGCUUGGAACCUUGGUAUACACUCUUGUCACUGAUGGUUCUCCUUUCCGUGCGGAGAUAUUGACUCCGUGGUUGCAAGCAACACUAGUUGACUUCUACUGCAAUGCCGUGCCCCUAGCAGUCUGGAUUGCCUACAAAGAAUCUAAUUGGAUUUAUGCGGUCUUUUGGGUGAUUCUAUUGAUAUGUUUUGGCAGCAUCACUUCAUGCGUCUACGUUCUAUGGCAAUUGUUCCAAAUAUCUUAUCAGGAUCCUGCUUACCUUAUUUUGGUGCAUCAAAUUGACAGGCAAGUAUAUAUAGCAGUUUUUCUUUUUAUCGAUUGUUUAUGA